GCAAUCAGUACAACAAAUACCGUUAGAUGGCACAGACGCCGCUGCGACGGUCGCGCAUUGAACAGAUCCUGACAACGAGCCAGACGACGUGGACGUGGAAGCCGCUUCAUUUGGCGCCACAUUAAAGUGCUACGACCGAGGUCCUUGCGGCCCGUAUCUUUCUCUCGCUGCGUGUGGCUUACUUGUGUGUGAGUGUGAGUGCGUAUUACUCUAUUAGUGUGUGCGUGUAUAUUUAUUUGUCUGUGUGAUUUCGCGCGCUUUUGUGUCGCCUGCUUUAACUGUUUGUCUUGGCCACUGCCUUAGCCCCGGCUCAAACAAAGGCGGCAGCCAGCACAAAAGGACCGUCCAGAAUUCGAGUUGUGUGUUAUUUGCGGGCAUAUUGAUCAACUGCUAGCAAUUAAAUUCAAUUGCUGCUUAAAUUAGGCAUUUUAUGGCCGCCAGACAACAAAAGCUCACCACGAUUUAAGCCAAAUAGCGUCGCCGGCUCAUAAACAUCAACAUAAGCGGAUCACAAGCUAAACCAAUUCAAGGACUUCUGCUUGGGUCACAGCCAGCUUGACCGGAAGUUGCAUUAUAAGCACACAUCAAACGGAACAAAACAACAACAAGCAACAAGAUGGCGGGCGGCGGCAGGACAGCCGGCAAAUACGGAUAUUCAGACAACAAUUACUACAGUAGUCACUCGUACAAGAGCAUCAACGACGAAAUCAUACUGGUCAGCAUUAUAAUGGGCAUUACGAUAAUCGUUCUGAUCACGAUUGCCCUGUGCUACAUUGCGUAUGAGAAAUGCCAUAAGAAGCGUGAAUAUUUUAUCAACGCCUAACGGGUGCACAUCACAAAACAAACAAAAAACAUAUAAAACCAAAGCUAAAAAUGAAACAAGAGGAAACGACACACAAAGGGGUAAAUGGCAAGGUCAAAUGUCAACAGGACAGCCGUGGCAGGAACUGCUGUUACUGCUACAACUGCAACAAUGUUGACGUUCACGCUUAAGUUGGUAAACGCGUACGACAGAGCCGAAGGCGAAGGCGAGCAGCCGGCAGAAUUAGAGAACACAAACUCACACCCACACACACUUCCGCACACUCACGUACUGUUAAGAUUAGUAUAUACAUGUCUACUGUGUGUAGCAUUUGGGAUAUUCAUUCGAUUUUCUUCGAUUUCAAGUGCUCCCGAAUUUGGGUAAAAUAUAGUGUAUAGCUUGCACAUGCACAGUGGUUGAAAAAUGUUAUAAUAAUGUUUAAUACGAAAACUAUAAAUGUUCAUUUAAAUAUUUACAAUAAGUUCUUUUUUA